AAUUUCGUAUCUAAUAAAAAGCUAAACUCAUCAAAGGCAACAGCCAUUCAUCAACCCAAGAUGAUAAGCAUCAAAGCACUGACUGAAUCACCUGGUCUCACCUCCAUCCCUCCCACAUACACCUUCACCCGGAGCCCCGUUGAUGAACCAGUUUCGGAUGACCCAGAGGACUCAAUCCCCAUCGUUGACUUCUCUCUGCUCACCUCCGGUACUCCGGAUCAACAAUCCAAAACCAUCGAUCAACUCGGCAAAGCAUGCCAAGACUGGGGCUUCUUCAUGGUGAUAAAUCACGGUGUGCCGGAGAGCCUGAUGAAGGCGAUGGCCGACGCGUGUGGAGAGUUUUUCAAUCUGACGGAGGAGGAGAAGCGGGAGUAUGGAGGGAAGCAUGUGUUGGACUCAAUCAGGUGCGGCACCAGCUUUAAUACCUCCGUGGAUAAAGUGUUGUUUUGGAGGGAUUUUCUGAAGAUCUUCGUGCAUCCCCAAUUUCAUUCACCUUCCAAGCCUGCUGCCUUCAGAGAGAUUUCGUUGGAGUACUGCAAAAGAACCAGAGAAUUAUCUAAGGAGUUGCUGAAAGGAAUAUCAAUGAGCUUGGGAUUGGGAGACACCUACAUAGAAAACGCCUUGAAUUUGGAAUCGGGUUUGCAAAUCCUCAUUGCAAACUUGUAUCCGCCUUGUCCGGAGCCGGAGCUAGCAAUGGGGAUGCCGCCGCAUUCCGAUCACGGCCUGUUGACCCUCCUCAUACAAAAUGGGAUCUCUGGGCUUCAGGUGCAGCAUCAAAGCAAGUGGGUCAAUGUCAAUUACAUUCCAAAUGCAUUCAUCGUUAACGUCGGCGAUCACAUGGAGAUUAUGAGCAACGGGAAGUACAAGAGUGUUGUACAUCGGGUAUUUGUGAAUGAGAAAGCUACAAGAAUAUCGAUAGUCACACCUUUUGGGCCAUCGCUAGAAACGGUUGUCAGCCCGGCACCGGAGCUGGUCCACCGUGAAACCAAUGCACCUGCAUACACUGGAAUGAAGUAUAAGGACUACCUGCAUCUGCAGCAAAGCAGCCAGCUUGAUGGCAAAGCCUGCUUGGAUCAUGUUCGAAUCUUGCCUGCCUAAACUAGUUCCCUCUACCUUAUCCAUGUAACCAAACAAACUUCCUUUUCAUUUCCCUGUUUAAGGACUAUGAUUUUUUUUUUUCUUUUUUCUUUUUUUUUCUUUAGGGAUAUGUAAAUUAAUUUCUUGAAAUCUCAUUGUUCAUAUUUAUAUUUUAUAUUAUCAAUAUUUGUAAUUUCUAAGA